UUCAAAUUUGAAUUCGAAUAAAUAGUCCCUCAUUUCCUCGGUAUUCUUUAACUCCGUAUUUUCUGCACGUCGGCUGUGUGUCCAUUUGAAUCGAUCCGUCAUCGAAGCAAAGCUUUUUUGAAGUGUGGAGGAUUACAGAUUUCAUGGUCAAUGUAGGAAAUUACUAGUUCUAUUGGCUGUAAUUAUGCUCUGCUUGCUUUCUUGGUCCUUUGUUUGUCAUUUUGAGUUUCGUUGGCCUUCACCAGCUCUGUGGUUAUAAACUUCAAAAGGGGGGGGACGCGGGAAAUGGCCUGCAGUUUCGCAUCCUUGCUACAUCUGUCAUGAACAUGUGCAGACAUAGUAUGUGUACAGCCGUGCUUUAAAUGCGAUGCGCGCGCAAUUGAUCUGUGCAGUCUUUCUCAGUCAUUUCUCCCUGGUUUUUAUUGGAUACUCUUUCACUCUUCGUUGUAGGGUUUUUUUUAAUAUUAGUCAGUAUCGGAAUCUAUAUCACAUCCUAUCCCGUUCUUAUUGUCAAAAGCUGUCGCUUCUCGUCAACCACAAUGGCAAGAUUCAUGACAGAUACGAUGACAAGUAUACAAUUGGUAUGUUAUGUUAAAUGUCUUUAACCGCAGUAACGACCUCAUGCAACAUAGUAUAUCUUGCUCGUCGCAGCAUCAUGUAUAGUACUUUAUGGAUAUGAUACCUCAGUACACGAUUCUGUCCAGAGCUCAAAAAAACUGGAUAGCUUACUCCAAGGUAUUCUUCCCAUCAAACAGUGAACAUCCAAGUCCAACGGAAGAUGAAAGGACACCAAGAAAAUUGGUGCAAUCAACACUGCCUAUAGAAGCCGGAGUCAUUAUCACUGGAUUCUUCCUCGACAAUCAAUAGCAGAUUGGCUAGAUAGAGGAUGGGGUAUGGCAAUGGAUCGUUUCAUGGCGGUCGUCACUAUAUCCAUUUAAACAUUUUCUCCUCGAGGAUUGCUUGGAUGUUUUAUUGCUGGAUAUAUACUUAUUGGUUUUGGGUCAGGGUGCAUCGAGUAUGGUUGUUCAUAUCCUAUUUAUACUGCUCGGUUAUUCGAUAUAUGCGGGACUUGUCUAUAUUGAAGUGCUUGCAUCGCUGAUGAUUUGAGGGAAAGUAUGUAAGAUGACUUGAUUUCUGUGAAUGGUUAAAUAGCUAACCAGGAAAAGAAUAUCAUGAAUUUCUGGCAAUUAUUCUAUUUCAGUGGCCCAUUCCUUGUUUACUGGAUCAACUAACCUACGCUUGUCAAAAACAUGAUAAAACGAUUGGUGAACGGGUUAA